GGCGCGCGCAAAAGAGCGAGCACAGCUGUCAGCACCAAGGACAGCACUUCGCCGCGAGCGUCGCAUCAGCUCUCAAGCAGAACAACAGCCGACGGACAGACAGGCGCACGAUACGCGACGCAUCACAGAUUUUUGCUGUCGGGCUUUGUGCGUCUUGCGCUCUCCGUUAGUCUGUAAGCUCAGUUCAUACAGGAAAUUAAAGAAAAGCUGCAAUGAAGACAUUGGUCUCGGUGUAAAGAGCAAAUGCCAUCGGAUAAAUGCGCGGCUAGAACCGGUGACCAUGCACAUAUCGCCGCAGUGUAAGUGAAUUUUGCACCGGGGAUUUUUUUAAUCUAGAAAAUUUGGUUGUUUCUCCAGUAUAGAGAAGGUGAGGUGCUAUCAGAGGGUGCAUCUCUACGACCCUCCAGCUGCACCAAAAGGGAACGGCGGUGGACGGGUGCGCUUUUAUUUGCCGUUCACACGAUGCGUCUGCUUCUGUUAAUCGCGUUUUUCUCCUGCUCCUGCGUGCGGGGCGGCUGCGAACCCAAGAUUGUGAACAUCGGGGCCGUCCUGAGCCAGAAGAGAUAUGAGCAGGUGUUUAAAGAUGCCGUCAGCCAGGCGAACCAGGUGUUCGGACGGGAAAAAUUCAAGUUGACCGCCAUCUCUGUCACUCACAAAGCCAAUGCGAUUCAGAUGGCGCUGUCGGUGUGCGAGGAUCUCAUUUCCAGUCAGGUGUACGCCAUCCUUGUAAGCCAUCCAGCACAAUCUAAUGACCAUCUCACUCCCACGCCCGUGUCCUACACAGCGGGAUUCUACAGGAUCCCUGUAGUGGGGCUCACCACCAGGAUGUCCAUUUAUUCAGACAAGAGCAUCCAUCUCUCGUUCCUACGUACAGUGCCGCCCUACUCUCACCAGGCACACGUGUGGUUUGACAUGAUGCGUGAGUUUCGGUGGAAUCACAUCAUUCUAAUCGUCAGUGACGACCAUGAAGGCCGUGCUGCACAGAAAAGACUAGAAACGCUGCUGGAGGAGAGAGAAACCAAGAAUAAAAAAAGGAACUAUGAGAACCAAGACCAACUGUAUGACAACAAAAGAGGACCUAAGGCCGAGAAAGUGCUUCAGUUCAACCAGGAGACUAACUUGACCGCUCUGCUCCUGGAGGCCAAAGAGCUGGAGGCCCGAGUGAUCAUUCUGUCUGCCAGUGAGGAAGAAGCAGCCGCCGUGUACAAAACAGCGCGCUUACUCAACAUGACAGGCUCAGGCUACGUUUGGCUGGUGGGGGAGCGCGAGAUUUCCGGUAAAGCUUUGAGCGAGGCCCCUGAUGGCCUGAUCGGCCUUCAGCUUAUCAACGGCAAGAAUGAAUCCGCGCACAUCAGCGACGCCGUUGCAGUCGUAGCUCAAUCCAUCCAGGAGCUCUUCGAGAAAGAAAACAUCACGGAACCGCCGAGGGGCUGCGUGGGCAACACCAACAUCUGGAAAACCGGGCCACUCUUUAAAAGGGUAUUGAUGUCAUCGAAGUAUCCGGAGGGCCUGACAGGACGUGUUGAGUUUAAUGACGACGGCGACAGAAAAUACGCUCAUUACAGCAUUCAAAACUUCCAGAAGAAUAGACUGAUUCAAGUUGGCAUUUACAACGGAACACAGGUAGUUAUGAACAAACAGAGGAAGAUCAUUUGGCCGGGAGGUGAAACCGAGAGACCGAGAGGAUUCCAAAUGUCUACUCGCCUUAAGAUUGUGACUAUUCAUCAGGAACCCUUUGUGUAUGUAAAACCAACCACGUUGGAGGGAACCUGCAAGGAAGAGUACACACCGAAUGGAGUCUUAAUAAAAAAGGUGAUCUGCACUGGACCAAAUGAGACCAUCCCAGGUAACCCGUCAGGACGCCCAAUAGUACCCCAAUGUUGCUAUGGAUUUUGCGUUGAUCUCUUGAUCAAGCUGGCGAUGACCAUGAACUUCACCUACGAAGUACACCUGGUGGCAGAUGGGAAAUUCGGAACACAGGAAAGAGUGAAUAACAGUAACAAGAAGGAAUGGAAUGGCAUGAUGGGAGAGCUCCUGGGUGGCUUGGCCGACAUGAUUGUAGCUCCGUUGACGAUUAAUAACGAACGAGCCCAGUACAUCGAAUUCUCCAAACCUUUCAAAUAUCAGGGACUCACUAUUCUUGUUAAAAAGGAAAUUCCCCGCAGUACGCUGGACUCGUUUAUGCAGCCGUUCCAGAGCACACUGUGGCUACUGGUGGGUCUAUCGGUGCAUGUGGUGGCGGUGAUGCUUUACCUACUUGACCGGUUCAGCCCGUUUGGAAGGUUUAAAGUAAACAGCGAAGAAGAAGAAGAAGACGCCCUCACCUUAUCUUCCGCUAUGUGGUUCUCCUGGGGAGUCUUGUUGAACUCUGGAAUCGGAGAAGGUGCCCCGCGUAGUUUUUCAGCAAGAAUCUUGGGAAUGGUGUGGGCCGGCUUCGCUAUGAUAAUUGUAGCAUCCUACACUGCCAACCUGGCUGCCUUCCUGGUGUUGGAUCGGCCUGAGGAACGCAUCACCGGCAUCAAUGACCCGAGGUUGAGGAACCCAUCAGACAAGUUCAUCUAUGCCACAGUGAAGCAGAGCUCGGUGGAUAUUUACUUCCGCCGUCAAGUUGAGCUGAGCACCAUGUACCGCCACAUGGAGAAGCACAACUACGAGAGCGCGGCGGAAGCCAUUCAGGCUGUCCGGGACAACAAGCUGCAUGCUUUCAUCUGGGACUCUGCGGUGCUGGAGUUUGAAGCCUCGCAGAAGUGCGACCUGGUGACCACGGGAGAGCUGUUUUUCCGUUCGGGCUUUGGCAUAGGCAUGCGCAAGGACAGCCCCUGGAAACAGAAUGUGUCCCUGGCUAUUCUCAGUUCCCAUGAGAAUGGCUUCAUGGAGGACCUUGAUAAAACCUGGGUGAGAUACCAGGAGUGUGAUUCAAGAAGCAAUGCCCCAGCCACACUGACUUUUGAAAAUAUGGCAGGUGUCUUCAUGCUUGUCGCUGGUGGCAUUGCGGCCGGAAUCUUCUUAAUCUUCAUUGAGAUCGCAUAUAAGCGCCAUAAAGACGCCCGCAGGAAGCAGAUGCAGCUAGCCUUUGCGGCCGUCAACGUUUGGAGGAAGAACUUACAGCCCUCUUCCUCUGUAGAGACUCAGGAUGAUAGGAAAAGUGGUAGAACAGACAGCGACCCAAAAAAGAAACCCUCUUUUAGGUCCAUCAGUACCAACCUGGCCUCCAGCAUCAAGAGACGUAGGUCCUCCAAAGACACGCAAUUCCCACCAACAGACAUUACGGGCCAACUCAACUUGUCUGACCCGUCUGUCAGCACGGUGGUGUGAGAGAGGGAGAGUUUUCAAAUUACCUGUUCAUUCUAGAGACGAUGGAACUAGAGAGGAGAAUUGUUGUCCGACUCCUUGGUUUUCAAAGUGGAUUCAUCACGGACGAGAGCGGAGCCACUUCACCUUUGUGAGGAGCCAACAAAUCUCCAAAUCUAUUGCGAAACCUGUCAGGACUGAAUGGCUAACUGCAGGGGACGGCACCGCGGCACAUACUCACAGCUUCGUGAUAAACUUAGUCUAUUUGAUCUAAGUUGUAGUUUACCAAGUUGUAUAUAUUCUUUAUGAUUAUUGAUAGUGUAGUGGUUCUUCUUAUGUUAAGUGGCUUACGUAUUACAGUAUUCAUUCUUUGAGCGAAGAACAAAAAGGCCAAUUCUGAGGCAAGUAUUCAACAAGCAAACUAGCUGUUAUAGUUAUAAUAUUUAUUGUAUUCAUUCUUUACACACGACUUUGAAAAGUUAUAUAUUUAUGUACUUUUAACACACUUUGUCUUAUUAUAAUUGCUUUAAAUAAUUUAUCAAAUCUAGUUUAUGAAGCGGUAUGUCAGCCAUUACAGAAAUUACCUGUGAUGUUUAAAAAAAGAAUUGCCCUUAAGCCAUGUCACUUUUUUUAGCAGAUCAACCCUACGCAUGUAAUGUGCAUGCAAAGUAUCCCCAAAGCCUACGGAGAACAAAUAUUUUUUUUAUUAAUGCUGUUAAUUUCAGAUCCUGGACUUUUGAAGUGGAUUAGUGUAUACUGCACACCACAUUAAACUCUCCUUCAAACACAAAAAGAGUUCUUCCUCUGCAAGUCGUCGAGCAGCGGUUCUCAGCUUCAGUCAGCAGGGUGCAUCAAGUGGCCGAGUUUUUCCAUCCAACUAGCACUUGGCUUCCCGUGCAAAACAUCUCUACGUCUUCCCCCCACGUGACCUUAGAGACCUUUUACACGAGGAAACCCCAAGUGUGCUGCUUUGUUUUCGAAUCAGGUGCUGCAGUUUUGUAUACACCCAUUGGUUAGAUGUAAAAACUGGCCGUUUCCCAAGUUCUGAGGUUGAGAAACAUUGACAAAGCUGCUCGGACUGCUUUCUGUAAAUGAUCACUCAUUGCUAUUUAUAGGUGACCUGUAAACUCCCAUGCCAGAGAGAUAUAUUAUCGAGCAUUUUAAUGAGAAUACAGCUUUAUUAUGCAUAUGAAAUGAUGCAGGUUGCAAAAUGUUGAUUGUAUUUAUACUUGACAUGAAUAUUUACAUUUGUAAAUGCGGAACUGUUAAAAUUGUUAACUGUUUAAAUUGAACAAAACACACUUUUUAUUUGUUUGUUUGUUUGUUUUACACAGAUUCCAAAUAUCAAUUGUGUUAGACAUAAUCUGUUUCUGUUGAGCACUUUAUCAAGUUCAAUUUACUAUAAACAUAAAGUAUGUUUUCCCAUUGCUUGGAUCAAAGAAUGUGGUUUGUAUAGAGGCACAAUAUCUUCUACAUGACAUUUUAGGUUGUGUGUUGCAUCAUGCUGCUUGAAUUACUCGACUGUCAUAUGAUUUUGAGAAAAUGUUGAUACAAGGGAGUGUUUGUGUGAAUAUUAAACAUUGUAAAUGACCAAUGGAUCACACACCCAAAUGCAUCAACACAUACACUAAGCAUUAAUCUUAUUUAAAUGAGUGCUAGUUGAGAUAUUUCCUGAAAUACAACAAACAAUGUUUGCAUUUUGACAAGAAUAUAUAUAACUCAGAUUUCUGUGCCAAUAAAAUUGUGCCAACUGCAGAUCGAAACAUUGUCUUCUUUUAUCAAAUAGACAGACAGAUAAUAGAUACAUAGACCAGAAGCGUUACUCUUCAUCUCGAGAGAGCGCAUGACAGUAUUUAAGAGGCAUCAGAGAGGACGUGUUUCUUCUUCAAAACACCGCCGCCUAGAACAGGUGAGUUUAUUUUAGUCCCUGUGGUGAUAAUCGCGAUUAUUGCUCGAUCAUUUAACCCGUUUUUUCCAGUGCUGCAGGUGGAUUUGUUUGUCUUUCGCCCCAUCUAACGUCACUGCUGCGACGCUCCCAUUAAAAACAGAGCGCGCGCGUACAGCAUGAACGCGCACUCGCCUGUCAACCCAACACAAGGGUUAAUAAAAGAUUGCAUGAUGCGUAUUUAAAAGAUAGUGAGCGCGCCUUGGGAUUGAUGGGAAAGCGCAUAUCAUUGAUCCGAAUUUGGGUAAUUCGGUAUACAGUGAUGCGGAUCACGGAACAAGUGCGCAUAUGAAGUUCAGGUAAUGCAUUGAAUUUGUAAUUAUUUUGACUGAAACUUAGUUGCAAUCAAAAAUUAUUUAAAAUAUAAUUUACAAUAAGCUUUGUGCGCAAAAAAAUACUGUAAAGAGGAUGAAGUAAAAGUUGUAUGUACGUUUGAUUAAUUUGUGUCAAAAACUCCCAGUGGCUCCAAUCAUCAGCCAGCUUUGAUGACGUCUCUCACUUUGCUCCGUAAUGUGUGUGUUAUCAGAAUCUCUGCCACACACACAACUGCACAUUUUUUCCCUCGGAGAGGUAAGAAGAUGCAUAAUAAAAUAUAAAGAUUUUUCUUUGUGACACACUCUGGAGACGGCCGAGAUCCACUUGUAUUAUAUUUCUUUAGUUGCGUGAAAUGGGACUUUAUGUAGGAUAUGUUUGAAAUGUGCUAUUUCAUGAAUAAAACAUGGAAUCAUACAUUUUGAGAUGUAACUGUGUGGUCACACUUUUAAUGCAAGCUAAACUAUUGUUUUGUAUUAUUGAAAUAAUUGUGUUGGUUCGCUGUUUACAAACACUUUGUCUUAAUAAUGACCGUGAUUGUGUUUUAUUUGCUUUCGGGCUCUGGCUGGCAGGUGGCUGUGGCAGUUUCUCUUUUGAAGCUUUAGCUCACUGUGAAGAUGGUGGAAAGGGAAGAGUGUUUAGAUUCACCUGUUGCUCUGGCUGGGAGCUGGAUUAAACACUGGCUGUCCUGUCACUUCAGAUCUCAUCCCUCGCUGGAGGACGAUGUGCAAAGUGACCGCUGGUCAUCUCACCCGUUUUGCACCAAAAAGGGACUCGUGGUGGCCCUUCUGGUCAUCCUUGCACUGGUCGUCAUGGUGAUGCUUCUUCUGCUGAAUUACUAUUGUAUUAUGGUCUGGAAAAUGUGUCACCAGGAAGAGACUGUUCCUCUCCCGGAGUUUGGAAGCACAUCGGGAAUCCAACCAAAGCAGUGAUGUUACUUGUUUGUUGUGCAUUUGUUUUCAAAUCUGGCGCAAUGAUGUGUUAAGCUGUUGUUUGUUUUUGACUUAUGAACUGAAAGAAUACUGGAAAUAAUCAGUUUCACAUAUUGCAUGAGUGAUUUUGUAGUUUUGAAAGGAAAUGAUUCACGCUGUUAGGUUACUCAAUUCCUCAUUUAAGUUUUAUAUUUAUUCAAAUGACAUAGGUUUGUCAUUAUAGAUUGUGACUUAGUUUGCUUACUAAAAAUGAUCAAUGUCACCUUGUUCAUGUAACUGUUUAACAUGUUCAUCUUUAUCUUGUAGAAAUUUCAGACCAACACUACAAUGUGUUCCUGUUUGUGUGCCCUUUUAUCUCAAAAACAGAGAAUCCUUAAGAUUCAAUCUUUUAAUCUCCAUUCAUUCUUGGCUCAUACACACACACCACACAUAUCCUCAUAUUACUGAGGACACUAUAAAACAAUUUGUUAUUAAAAGAAAGACAUAAUAUCACUCUGGAACACCAAACAAGACAUUCUUUACAGAUUGUGAAGUUGUUUAUUGUGGAUACAAACUAAACUUGUUAUAUAAAAUUGUGAUAUUCAGAGUAAACUGUCAGCUUAAACCUUGUGCUCUGAAAGAAUGUGAAUGGUCUCACAAACUGGUCUCACAUUAGCUCUUCUGUAAAAGAAUGAUUUUGAGUUUAUAUUCCAAUAAGCUGCAUUUUUAAACAUUGUGAGGAGGGCCGUUUGAAAUUCUCCACAAGAUUAGUAUCAAUACAGGAAAUGUUGUGCUUACACUUGUGCCCAGUCGACCGGUUCUUUUUUCCUGCCGAGACAAAAUUGCACUUAACAGUUUCCACUACAACAAGCAGCGAUGCAAUGUGUGUUGCAUUUUAAAUAAUAAAACCAUCCUGACUGUGUGAACCAAACACGUUUGUUUACUGUUAUCUCCAUUUUAUUUUAUGAAAAUGUAUUGGGCCUACUUGUUAAGCAAAACUACAUGUAACAACAACAAAAGGUUCUUUAAAUAUUUUAUGCAAAAUUAAAAUAAUAUCUUCAUUGUUUAAAUCA